GGAGCGAAAGCUACCGUUGAAGUCCGGAUUUCAGCCAGAUGAUAACCGGAAUUCAACCCCCCUCAUAAAUUAACACCGGGGCACGGAGGUACCUCCUGCCCCGGACAAUAACCCCCCAGAAUGAUCAUCCUAUUGAUUAGCAUAGCAGUGGUUUUCGCGCUCGCUGAUGUUGUCUACAGGCCAGAGGAAGACCAACACUGCAACCGUACCGUUGACAUUCACCAAGCCGUCUCCAACCCUCCAGUCACAAACGAAAACAGGAACCGACCCCUCCAUUGCACUUAUCGGAUCAGAGUCCGGCCAGCGAGAAAUGACUGGGUGGUAUUCGUCCGGUUUAUCAGGAUGCGUGUGGGAGAGCCCAGCGAAGAUAGGAAGAAAUGCAUUGGCGGUUACAUUCAAAUUAUCGACGGAUACAGGGAUUCCAAUCACAGUAAUAAGGAGGAUCCAGGAUUCUAUUGCGGGGAAAUUGAUUCUCCGAAAACGUUUGUCUCAGAGACGCCACACGUGAAGAUUGUGCUGCACGUUGACAGUUACAGCCAUGAUACCUUCUUCCAGUUUAAUGCCAAUGUGGAGCAGCAACAAGAAGUACAUGCAAGGUAUGGUCAAUAUGCUCAGUUGUAUCCUCACAGGCGAGGAACACCAGUUCCCGGGACUUACUGUGAGAGGACUUUCUACGGCUGUGCUCCGACCCGAUGCUUUGUCCAAUCACCAGGGUUUCCUGAAAUUUACCCAAGAAAUCUUCACUGCCGCUACUCUCUCGUGGUCAGUAGAAGUGUCGUGGCCUUGGAUCUGAAUGCAUUCGAUGUCGAUGGCUUGAGGUGCGACAACAUGUUGCUCUGCUUCCCCCGCCCCGUCACAAGAGAUCCGAACGAUUGUCCAUUUGACCACGUGAAAGUGUACGACGGUCCUACGGAAGACAGUCCUCUUAUUGUCACUCUAUGUGGUCGAGGAAGACUCAAAUCUCAGAUUGUGGCUUCUGGCUCCGAGAUGUUGGUAGAAUUCGUAACGUCUCGAGCAGGUCCGUUGCUGAACACGGGUUUUCACUUCAAAGCAGAAAGUAUUCACAGCGAGACUGAGACCGAAUAUCAAUUUCCCCGUUUGGAUGGCAACGGAACUUGCGCGAUUGAGAGAUACCUACGGCCGACAGAUGUACUAACAUUUGGACAUUUGAGGUCAUGGUAUCCAGUCAAUACGACCUGCACUUACAGGUUUACGGCAUCAGAAGACGAAGUUAUACGCAUCACUUUUGAGUUUUUCCGAAUGGAACGCGUGACAAUGUGUGACGAAUCAUUGAAGUUGUACGAUAGCCCAACCGGAGAUGCCUCAAAAAUAAUAUCAAAAUUAUGCGACAUCAAUAAGCCCCGUACUGAACAUCCUCGUUCUGUUUACGAAACUACUGGACCUGGAUUAUUUAUCGAGUUCAUCAGCAAAAUUGGCUCUCUGGAAGGUUCUUCACUGAGCUAUGCAUUUGAAGUUCGGCCUGUCAAUAUCCUCACCCGGCGAAACAGUGUGAACGGUGGAUCAUGCAGUCGAACUUUCACUCCGGAAAACGGGAUGACGGGCCUGCUGACGGGACACCCAUUCGGUGAUAGCUCGAACACGACGUCUCUGACAUGUAAUUACACGUUCGAGGCAAGCCAAUUACCUCAAGGCAGAGUUCAAAUGGUUCUCUUCACUUCACUUCGUUUGGUAUCGGAUUGUGCCGAAUGUCGUCUGGAGCCUAUGUACGCCGAAAUGCAUCUUGGUCUUGGUGAAAGAAUUUGUUUCUGCAAAGUUUCUGCGCAUCGGAUUCAUAAGCUUUCUUCGUUGGGGCCUCGGAUGUUUCUUUUCCUCCACGCGGAAUCUUCUUGGGAAAAGAAGUUACCACAGAAACAUAUCGUCAACGGUAGUUAUGCCUUUUAUACAGAAUCCAGAUGUGGUCCAGAAAGGAUGGAACUUGACUUACAAGGACUCCUUACAUUCCCACCAUUGAUUCCUGGUCCAGGAACUUGCCCAGAAGGUCAAUGUCCAACCACUCCUUUAUUUUGUUCGUGGAAGAUUCCUGUCUUCCAUAGAAUGGACUUACUGUUAAAAGUAGAUGGACUGCCAACCAAUGCCAACUGCAGCACAGAUCAUGCUAUGGUAAACAGCAUAGUUUUGUGUCCUACGUCCGAAGAACAAGAGGUCCUCCUCCAUAAAGAAGACAUUGAGUCGGAUGUAAUCAUUAGUCUCAGAAUGUCCGAAAAAUCGUACAAUUUCACUGUUCGGUGGACUCAAUUAAGAAUGCUGCCUUCAAGGACUACUUCAGACACUUUAGUGUCUUUGGGAAAAGAUUGUGACUUCCUUUGUACCAGCUCGAUGGCCUGCUUGACCAGAGAAUUGGUAUGCAAUGGUAUCGGCAACUGUCCAGGGCCAGCAACAUCCGCCGACGAAGAUCCAAAUUUGUGCAUUUUGCCACGAGAUAGUUUUAAACUUUUUUGGUGGAUCAUUGGUUUUAGUCUUUCGAUUUGCCUUUGUCUAAAAUUUUGUCUUGUGUUCACUCUCUGUCGAAAGUGUCGAGUUCGGAGACACAGAAUUUAAGCAAAAUAAAU